CGCGCCCCCGGCGCGGAGACAAAGCCGGGGCCGAGCGCUGGAGGCGAGCGGCGGGGGCGGCCCCGCUGCGCGGACAGGCGGGAGGCUGCAGCGGGAGCUGAGCUGAGUUCGCCGGCAGCACCUCCCCACCCCGCGGCGAGGCUGUAGCCGAAAGCACCGCCCGGGACUAUGGGGAGCAGCAAGAGCAAGCCCAAAGACCCCAGCCAGCGCCGGCGCAGCCUGGAGCCCGCUGAAAACACCCACCAUGGGGGUUACCCAGCCUCGCAGACACCCAGCAAGGCGGCUGCUCCCGACGCCCACCGCACCCCCAGCCGCUCCUUUGGGACCAUGGCUGCUGAAUCCAAGCUCUUUGGAGGCUUCAACACCUCUGACACGGUCACCUCGCCGCAGCGUGCCGGGGCACUGGCUGGGGGAGUCACCACCUUCGUGGCCCUCUACGACUACGAGUCCCGGACCGAAACGGACUUGUCCUUCAAGAAAGGAGAGCGCCUGCAAAUCGUCAACAACACGAGAAAAGUGGAUGUCAGGGAAGGUGACUGGUGGCUGGCUCAUUCCCUCACUACAGGACAGACGGGCUACAUCCCCAGUAACUAUGUCGCACCCUCAGACUCCAUCCAGGCUGAAGAGUGGUAUUUUGGGAAGAUCACUCGCCGGGAGUCCGAGCGGCUGCUGCUCAACCCCGAAAACCCCCGAGGGACCUUCUUGGUCCGGGAGAGCGAGACCACGAAAGGUGCCUAUUGCCUCUCUGUGUCCGACUUCGACAACGCCAAGGGGCUCAACGUGAAGCACUACAAGAUCCGCAAGUUGGACAGUGGCGGCUUCUACAUCACCUCCCGCACCCAGUUCAACAGCCUGCAGCAGCUGGUGGCCUACUACUCCAAACAUGCUGAUGGUUUGUGCCACCGUCUCACCAAUGUCUGCCCCAUGUCCAAGCCCCAGACCCAAGGCCUUGCCAAGGAUGCUUGGGAAAUCCCCCGGGAAUCACUGCGGCUGGAGGUCAAGCUGGGACAGGGCUGCUUCGGAGAGGUGUGGAUGGGGACCUGGAAUGGCACCACCCGGGUGGCCAUCAAGACACUGAAGCCUGGCACCAUGUCCCCAGAGGCCUUCCUGCAGGAAGCCCAGGUCAUGAAGAAGCUCCGUCACGAGAAGCUGGUUCAGCUCUACGCUGUGGUGUCAGAGGAGCCCAUUUACAUCGUCACCGAGUACAUGAGCAAGGGGAGCCUCCUGGACUUCCUGAAGGGUGAGAUGGGCAAGUACCUGCGGCUGCCCCAGCUUGUGGAUAUGGCUGCUCAGAUCGCAUCCGGCAUGGCCUAUGUGGAGAGGAUGAACUACGUCCACCGGGACCUGCGGGCAGCCAACAUCCUGGUGGGAGAGAACCUGGUGUGCAAAGUGGCUGAUUUUGGCUUGGCACGACUCAUCGAGGACAAUGAGUACACAGCUCGGCAAGGUGCAAAGUUCCCCAUCAAGUGGACGGCCCCCGAAGCGGCUCUGUACGGCAGGUUUACCAUCAAGUCAGAUGUCUGGUCCUUUGGCAUCCUCUUGACCGAGCUGACCACCAAGGGCAGAGUGCCAUACCCAGGGAUGGUGAACCGGGAGGUGCUGGACCAGGUGGAGCGGGGCUACCGCAUGCCCUGCCCGCCCGAGUGCCCCGAGUCCCUGCACGACCUCAUGUGCCAGUGCUGGCGGAAGGACCCGGAGGAGAGACCCACCUUCGAGUACCUGCAGGCUUUCCUGGAGGACUACUUCACCUCGACAGAGCCCCAGUACCAGCCUGGAGAGAACCUAUAGACACGGGGCUCCUCCUGGCACCAGGGACACUGCUGUCCUCACCACGGGGCGCCGAGGGCUGGCCUCCCCACCGAGGGGCUGUGUUUGUGGGGCAGCCCUGGAGCAGGACAGGGCAUUAGCUCUGGAUGCAGCUGGGGGAGCCGCUGGGUUCCCCCAUUGCUCAUUAAGACUUCUGGCCCGUGUUUAACGAAGCGGCGCUGUCCUGCUGGCGAGAGGAGCCUGUGGGCACCAACGGAGCCAGCUCAGGAGGGCAAGCAGAGCAUCUCCUGCCAAGAGACUUGGGUUUUGGGAGACUUUUUUCCCCCCACAGCUCUGGGGUGAGCCAGGAGGAACUGGGGGACAGCAUUGCCCCACCUCAGACACAUGGUCCCAGUCUCCUGCACCCCCUUUCUAAAUCAGCACAAAUUUCCUUGCCCCUUCACCCUCCCCACCAUCUUCCUCUUGGCUCCAGCUCUCCUGAGGAUGCUGGAAGAGAUGUUUUGCCACAGAGAUGUCACAAUCCCAGGCUGGCUUGAAUGGGGUGACGUGCCAGGGUGGUGGUGGUGGCGGCAUGGGAUGACAGUGGAACUCUGGUGGUCCCUCUGGCCUCACCAUGACCUUAAUGGCUGCUGGGUUCUGGGACUCUGAAAUGUGACUGCUCCAGGCUCUGAUGACCAUCACUGUCUCACAGGAGCACCUGGGCACAUGAUCAAAUCUUCCAGUUAUGUCUGUUCCCCCAAGGGACACAUCUCACCUCUCCCAGGAGCAGGACUGGGGAUGCCAGCAGAGCCCUCAACCUGCUGCGCUUUCUCCCACCACAUGCUCCAGGUCUUCCAGCCAGACCCUUGGGAAAUACCCCCCAGCUGCCCUCCCCACCUCUGCCACCAGCUUUCCCACCAGCAGAGCCCCCUGGGCUGGCCCUGCCACCAAAUCCAGUGCCACUGUGGGGCUUGGGUGCAUGGCCCAUGUAGCUGUUCCGGGUGUGGGAAUGUUUUGGAGGAAGUACUUGACUUUCACAGAUGAUUUUGUCCACCUGGUAUGUUUUUAGCUGCCUUCCCUCUACCCAUUGUGUCUCAGCUUCCAGGCAGCAGUCCCCAUGCAGCAUCCCCAGCCACAUGCCACCACCUGGAAGUGCUGUGCCACGUUUGCAUCCUCAUCUCCCCCAUGCUGACUCCUAAAGGCCUCAGCCGUGUCUCAGCUGUGGGUGGCUAUUCCUGCCCAGCUUUGUCCCACACACAUCCCAUGGGACUGAUCCCUGGUGUCGGCAAGGCAACCCUUCAUUCCCUGCCCUCUCCCACCCAGCACCUGCUUGUACAUAGCCCCUGAGUGUUCCCUGCACUGUCCCAGACCUUGACUUCAUUGCAUGCGUUGGUGCCCAGCUGGAAACCUUUCACCAUGGUGGUUCACAAAGCUUCACUCCUUCACCCCCUGGGUCCCAGAGACCCUUGCUCGGAGAGACCUGGGGGUCUUCGGAUGCACUCCUGGAACACGGUGGGUUGGGGGCUCGGGGGAUGCUGUGGGGCAGGGGUGCUGGAGGGAAGGACCUGCAGAGGGGAGCCAGUGGCUGUGCCCUCCUCUCAGUCCUCAGGCAGUGGGCUUUCUGUGCCUCCCCAUCACCUUUGGGAUGGUGUUUGCCUCUGGCACAGCCUCCUCCCAGGCAGCAGACCCAAGCCGCCCCUCACCAGUCCCUGCCAUGGUGCCAGUGUCCUACAAAAGCUGGGUGGGAGCCAAGCAUGGGCACGAGGUGGCCAAAACCCCCGCCCCAGAUCUCCACCAGAGCAGGACCCAGGCAAGCCACUGCCUCUCACUCACUCCCACAGCUCCCCGGUGUAGUGGUUUGACCAAGCCACUUAUUUAUGAACCAAGUACAUGGUUGGUUGUUUGGUGGCUCCUUUUCUAAUGAGUAAAACAUUUAAAAUCAGUUUGGACAGGCUCUUCAGCAGUAUGGAGAAAUCCUGCUGGCUUGAAGAGCAGCAGCUGGUUCAGUGGAUUUUUUUAAAAAUCAUUUUGGGAGUUGGAGCCUUUUUUCCCCCCCUCCCUUCCUAGCAGGUUUGCUGUGUUGGCAUUUCUGCAUAUGGGCAGGGACCCCCCAAACCUCAAUGUUCUGGGUCUUCCCAUGUUUGCAGCCUUUUGGGAUGGGCAGCUGCCACAAACGCCCUGCCCCUUGGUAGCUGUUCCAAGGGGUGGCUUAUGCCAUAGCUCUGCCUGAAUUAUAAAAAAUCUCUGUCCCUGGGAGAAACCUUUUACAACUGUAACAUGUGGAAGCCAGAUUUGGUCUGGAAGCUGGGGAGAGAGAAGGCAAGCACACGUGUUAAGGUUGGCUUUUGGUUGUCUGUUGCACGUGCAGGGUCUUGGGUGCAGCAGGACAGGAAGGGCGAGUGCAGCCUCUGGCUCUUUCUGGAAGGCAGCAGGUGCAAGGAGCACCCUGGGUUGGCUUAAUUCCCCAAGGCUUUCAGCAAGAUCUGGUGAAGGAGAUGUGCUGGGGACCCUUCACGGCAGAAGGCAGUAAGGCAAUCCCAGAGAAGCCCUCCUGCAUGGGGCUGUGUGUCCACGUGUCCGUGUGUCCAUCCGUGUUUCUGUGCAGUGCUUGUGGUGGGACCCAUGUCGCCGGACUCACCACCACAGCCAGCGUGACCUGGAGGCCCUGGGAGUCCAGAGCCUCCCCUCCAUCAUCAUUCUGUCUGCCAAUUUACUUUUUAAGCCAAUAAACUCCAGAGGGGAGCCCCUGCCUAAGGAUGCUCCUUGGCUUCCUGGGCUCCCUAAAACCCUACAAGUCAUUCUCCUCUGCUGUUAUAAUUUUUUUACACAGUCUUUUGUAAGAUCUCCAACUGACUAUGCAGAGAACGUGUGGAUCUGUGUCUCUCCCCAUCUCCCUUACCUGCCUUUUUCGGUGUCUAAGUAAAAUAUUUAGCUUUUUUUUUUUUUUUUUUUUUUGGAUAAUAAUAAAACUUUG